AUGGAGUCCGAACGCCAAGUCGACCCUCACCACCCCCCACCCCCACCACCCCGACCCCUCCUCACGCACACAAUCCAUAAUGGACAGAUCCAUAAUCGGGAAGACAGGAAGGCAGACGCUCAGCACCAAGAACCUACCGGGACAGCCCGCCAGCGGCCAGCUCCGGAUCAGCUGGUAGCUGGCCCGCCAACCCGGAAGCAACAGGGAGGAGGGCGGAGACUCCGCAUGACGGGCCAGAGAAUCCUCCAAGCAGUGUGUGACAAGGCGAUGUUCUGUGCGUCGAUUGCUUUCCGAUACACUCAUAACCUUUCCCAAGGCUCCGCUGAACUUCCUCAACGCUUCCUUACCCAACUCAAAACUUCAACCUUGGGAGCCUUUCUCAUUUCCCGGGAGCGUCGGCGCCUUACUGAUUGGCUGGUGCUGAGUGACGCCCUCAGCAUGCGACCCAGGAGUGCGGGGCGAGUGAUUAUGAGACGGGGAGGCCGGUGCUGGCUCCUGCUACUAGUAUCCGGGUGCUCACGUCUCCCGUGCCUCAGCUUUCCUAGGACUUGGAGUAGCCUUGGGGGCCGGAUGGCGGAGUCACACUUUGUCCAGACCCCAGCGGCGAGCGAACUGGGGGCUCCCGCUCAGCAGAAUGGAGACGGGAGUGGUGAGCUGCCACCAAUGCGGCGGGAGCCGGCCCCGGGGGAGGGGAAGCAGGCGCCGGUCCCCGGCAAGCGCAGGAAGCAGCGGGGCACCCCUGGGGAGCGCGUGGUGCCGCCGCCGAAGAAGCGGCGGACAGGGGUGAGCUUCGGCGACGAGCACUUCGCAGAAACUAGCUACUACUUCGAGGGUGGUCUGCGCAAAGUGCGACCCUACUAUUUUGACUUCCGGACCUACUGUAAAGGCCGCUGGGUGGGCCGCAGCCUCCUGCAAGUCUUCAGCUCGGAGUUCCGAGCCCAGCCUCUGGCCUCCUAUGAAGCCGCUGCCCGGGCAGGGCGCCUGCACCUCAACGAAGAGCCGGUGCGGGACCUCAGCACCGAGCUCAAGGACAACGAUUUCUUGCGAAACACUGUACACAGGCAUGAGCCUCCAGUCACAGCAGAGCCUGUCCGCCUGCUUGCUGAAAAUGAAGACAUGGUGGUGGUUGACAAGCCUUCUUCCAUUCCUGUCCAUCCCUGUGGCCGCUUCCGGCAUAACACAGUCAUCUUUAUCUUGGGCAAGGAACACCAGCUCAAGGAGCUGCACCCCCUGCAUCGUCUUGACCGCCUCACCUCAGGGGUCCUCAUGUUUGCCAAGACAGCUGCUGUCUCUGAGAGGAUCCAUGAGCAGGUUCGGGACCGGCAGCUGGAAAAGGAGUAUGUGUGCAGGGUGGAAGGUGAGUUCCCUGCUGAGGAAGUGACCUGCAAGGAGCCAAUUUUGGUGGUGUCUUACAAGGUUGGCGUGUGCCGUGUUGAUGCUCGGGGCAAGCCUUGUGAGACUGUGUUCCAGAGACUGAGCUACAAUGGCCACUCCAGUGUGGUACGGUGCCGGCCACUCACGGGCCGCACUCACCAGAUCCGAGUCCACCUCCAGUACCUGGGCCAUCCCAUCCUCAAUGACCCCAUCUAUAAUUCUGCUGCCUGGGGUCCUUCCCGAGGCCGGGGUGGCCACAUUUCCAAGACAGAUGAAGAGCUGCUGCGGGACCUGGUGGUAGAACACCAGGCUAAACAGAGCCUGGACAUGCUAGAUCUGUGUGAAAGUGGCCUGUCUCCAGGCCCUGCAGACUCUGCCCCUCCCUCCUCAGAGCUGGGCAAGGACCACCUGGAAGACUUGACUGCAUCUGCCCAGAAGGUGGAUGGAGCAGCUGAGAGAGCCCCAGAGGACCUGGGCACAGUGACCACAGCAACCUCGGCAAAGGCUGCUGAAGCAGAUGUGGGUCAUGAGAUAGACCCUCUCUGUGCAGAGUGCCGGCUAGUGCGACAGGACCCUUUACCACAGGACCUUGUGAUGUUCUUGCAUGCCCUGUCUUACAAAGGGCCAGGCUUUGAGUACUGCUCACCCAUGCCUGCCUGGGCACAGGAUGACUGGCAAGAGGGCUGAGAGGUUGCUUGAAAUGAAACAGUUCUGUGUAGUAGAAUCUGACCACAUGCUCAGUUUGCAGGAAUGAGGUUGGGCUCCAAACAGACCUGCUCAUACUUGAUAACUCCUUUCCCCCUUCCUCCAUCUAGAGUUCAGGGACUCUCAGUUAUAAAUAAGUCUUUUUU